GAGGGAGAAACGAGGAAAUCUGUGGCCUUUACGGGUCUUUUGGUCAUAGUGCUCUCGUCUCGGUAGAGAAUAUCACACGCACCUCCAUCCUCCCCUACCUCCCAGAGAAAAAAGCUAUUCCAAUUCCCGUAUCUCCUCGGAGAGAGGACAGUAGGUGAGAGAUAGCCGUGGAUUAAUUUAUUUGGGAUAAACUUAGAAUAGGUGGGUUUUAAGGAGAGGAAGAGGAGAGAAAAAAAAGAGAGGGGGGAGAUGGAGAGGGUUUUCUCAGCGGACGAGAUAUCCGAUUCCUUCUGGGCCGCCUCCCCCGCCGCUGCGGGGCUUCCUUCGCCGGCCGCCGGCGGGGGUCCACGCGGUCCGAUGAAUCGGAGCCCCUCCGAGUGGUACUUCGAGAAGUUCCUGGAGGUGGCGGAGGAGGCCGCCAUCCACAGCACCACUCCCCCGCCCCCUCCCAACCCUAACCUUAACCCUAAUUACAACCCUAAUACUGCUCCUGCCUCUGUUGUUGCUUCGAAUUGUUCUGAUGGUGGGAGGAAGGAUGGGGGGACGGGAGGAGAUGACGAGCUGGGCGAGAUCAAGGUGCCCGCCGUCGUUGCCGCCGCCGCGCCCCAGCGUCCGCCCUCCGAUCCGCCCGCGGAUGUUGAUCCCCAGGAGUAUGCAGCGCUUCUGAAGCAGAAGCUUGCCAUGUACUGCGCCGCGGUCGCCCAGUGUCGGGGUUCUGGGGUAAAUUCACCAGAUCCUUCUUCAGUGGUGGACUCCAAAUUGCAGUCUUUGGAUGCUUCACAGCUGGGAUCUCAAGGUCCCGCCCUAGGAAAUGGUUCUAAGGUGCAACAAAAAGCAGGUAGUGGACCAAGUGGAGGUCCAGCCCCUCCUGUCAUGCAGAACUUAGGUGUCCAAGGGAGGCCAGCUACCAGUGGAUCAUCAAGAGAGCUGUCAGAUGAUGAGGAACUUGAAGGAGAAGCAGAAACAACAGAAAAUAUGGAGCCUGCUGAUGCAAAACGUGCAAGGAGGAUGCUUUCAAACCGAGAGUCAGCAAGACGCUCGAGGAGAAGGAAGCAAGCACAUUUGAGUGAGCUUGAGACACAGGUUUCACAAUUAAAAGUUGAAAACUCGUCAUUAUUAAAACGUCUCACUGAUAUCAACCAAAAGUACAAUGACGCUGCUGUGGAUAAUCGGGUACUAAAAGCAGAUGUGGAGACUCUGAGAGCUAAGGUGAAGAUGGCGGAGGAAACUGUAAAGAGAGUAACUGGUGUUAGUACUAUAUACCCGAACAUCCCUGACAUAUCAACAAACGGCAUGCCUUUUAGUGGGAGUCCGCCUGAUGCAACUGCUGAUGCUGCUGUCCCUAUCCAAGAUAACCCAAACCAUUUUUUCCAGCCCCCAUCACAUGACCAAAGAAUCAAUACCUGCAUCCCUGAGAUUGCCCCUUCUCCAGUUGAGGAUGUUGUGCAUGGUGCUGUGGCUGGUGGGAAGAUGGAUAGGACUACUUCCAUGCAACGGGUGGCUAGUCUUGAGCAUCUUCAGAAAAGGAUUUGUGGGGGACCAAGCUCAUGUGAACCUGUGCAAUGGGAUGCUGCUGCUUGGGAUCCUGAGACCUCUGUCGACAAGCAGCAAAAUCAGGUAUGAGGAAAUCCUGAAACUGCCUAUUGUUGAUGUUGUCAACUAUCUGUGCAUUGUGAAGGAAAUCUAUCUCAUUCUUAUUUGGGAUGCUGAAUAUGACACCAUCUAUUGUUUCUUUAUCUAAUGAAUGGUUGUUCACUUCUGUCCA